GAAUACUUUCGUUUUGUUUGUAAGCAGGGCUCGGCCACUCCAAAACAGGUCUCUCUCCAAAUCUGCGCACACACCAGCGCGCUUUAUUACAGGCCUGCGGUUGCUGAGAGGGCCCCUGUCCGACACCCUUGGAGCCGGAUUUAGUUACAGGGCGGUAAAAAGACAAAGCCGAGGGUAAGAGAGAGACAAGAGAAGGGGGGACAUAAAAUCAAGUCAGCUUUUAGGAGUUCAAGCCAGCAGGUGGAGGAGAACGCAGGGUAUUCGUUGGACUGUGAGGUUCUAGAGGUCCGACCUCCAAGGAGGGGGAGACAGUGGUCUAUAGGUCCUAACGCUGACUGAUAACUGCAUCAUGUGGACUGGUCAGCAGGCUGAAGAAAGCACAAGCCCGUUGAACCCGACGCACACAGUGGUUCCACGGCCAGGCCGCCACAGAAGGCCCAUGACGGCCCCAAAGACUCAGAAAGAGAAGGCGUCUAAGAGGAAGAAGGUGCUGUUGACCGUGGUGACAGUCGUGGUGCUGCUGGGGAUACUGGCCACCGCCGUGUACUUUAUUAAGCAGCUGAUAGACAGCAAGUACUUCUUCUGCACACGAUCGUUUAAGUUCAUCCCGUUGGAUAAAGCCUGUGAUGGAACGGACGAUUGCGCAGGAGGAGAAGAUGAAAAAACGUGUUUGUCGAGCUUCAAUGUCAACACUACCUUCCCAGUGCGUCUCAUGACCCGCCAGCGCGUCCUGCAGGUGUACAAUCCCAGCUCAGGGUGGAGGAGCGUGUGCAGCGAAGGCUGGACCCGGCAGCACACGCAGACGGCGUGCACACAGCUGGGUUACACAGAUGACCCUCGUAGCACCAGGAUCCAAGUAAACUCAUUAUUAGCUAACCUGAAAUCUGGACCGUUCGCCGCAGUCAGGUCGGCGGCGGCUAGCACUCCUGUUCAUCAGGCGACAGUCGACCGGAGAGUAUGCACAUCCGGAGAGGUGGUUUCUUUGUCCUGUUCAGACUGUGGGCAGGUGGGCCAGAAUCGUAUUGUUGGGGGUACGGAUGCAAACAUUGAGGACUGGCCUUGGCAGGUGAGCCUGCAGCAGGGAGGCCAGCACACAUGCGGAGGUUCACUGGUGUCCCCACGCUGGGUCGUCACCGCGGCCCACUGCUUUGCCGGCGGUAAGAAGGAGCUGAGCCGCUGGAAGGUGGUGUCAGGCCGGACUUACAUGGGCACGCUGGGAGGUUCCUCUGUGGACAGGAUUAUACUGAAUGGAGACUACAAUCCUGCUCGGAAUGAUUACGACAUAGCACUCAUGAGACUCACCAGCCCCAUCAAAGUGGGAGUGAGUCAGAAGCCAAUUUGUCUUCCUCCAAAAGCCUUCGGCCUCACUGCAUCAACCCCGCUGGUGGUGACUGGUUGGGGCUACCUGGAGGAAAAUGGAAACAUUUCUCCAUCGCUGCAGAAGGCCAACAUCCCUCUGAUAGAAAGGGCCAAGUGCUCCAGUCCUGCCGUGUACGGUAGCUCCAUCACUGACAGGAUGAUCUGUGCUGGCUUUCUGGAGGGGAAAGUGGACGCAUGUCAGGGCGACAGUGGUGGUCCGUUGGUGUACUUCAUCUCAUCCAGGUGGUAUCUGGUUGGGGUGGUGAGCUGGGGUGUGGGCUGUGCCAGGGAGAGACGUCCGGGUGUCUACUGUAAUGUGGAGGAGAUGCUCAACUGGAUACACACUGCCAUUGAGGAAAACCCAUGAUGAACCAAAACUGCAAGACUACGCUGCAAAUUGAAGCUGUGUUUUUUCCACUAAAGAUCCAUAUGAAAGAAGAAUGCUCAUUUACACAUACAUUUGUACCGAUUUCAGUUUUUUUGGUGUCAUUUCUGGUUAUUCUAUCUCAGGGCACAAGUGAGAGGCGUUAUAUGUCACUGAGGAAACUGGGGUGUUCAUAGCAGGCCAGGAGAGAGCAAUGCAAAUGAAUAAUAUGUUUGCCAGCAUCAGCCAUCAUUUGUUUACUUGCCAUCUAUGUGGGGAGGUCGGUACUGUAUAUUUAUUAUUAUUCUGGUUGAAAGCAUUGAUGAUGCUCCUUCUGUUAAUUUUGUGGAGGCCAUCAUUAAAGGACAGAUUGUUUUACCACACAAAACAAUGAUUCAAACAAGCACUUUAAGUAAAAAAAAAAAAAAAAAAAAAAGCAAGAAUUA